AGAGAGGGAGGGAGUAAUAUAAGAGACGCAGCCAUAGAGAGAGAGGUGACAGAGUAGAUUAUCCUCUCCUCCUCUCUGCCAGCCUCAUCAUGUUCAUGCUGCAGAUGUUGACUGUUAUCUCUCUGACUGUUAUUCUCUUGGCAUCUGUGGAAGGUAAAGGCGUGCAGAUGCAAAGGGAUGUCCAAUGCUGCAUGUUGUACUCCCAGGGCAAGGUGCGUACCAAAGAUGUGUUGCGGUUUGAGGUGCAGACGGAGGGGCCCGACUGCAGUAUACAAGCCAUCAUUCUUUACACAAAGAAGGCGGUGAAGUGUGCAGACCCCAGAGACCGGAAGGUGAAGAGGUUGUUGAGAAAGCUCCUGCAGAGGCAGAGAACCAAGGCCCACCGAACCAUGUGGCUCCUUCCUCAUGACAACCUGCCCGUCAUGUCAGAGGACAAGAAAGAUAACUGGGUGGCUCUCAAUGUGGAGUGAUGGAGCGCCGUCAAAUAUGGAGGAAAACUCAUAGUCAUAAGCCAAGUAAACUUUCAGCGGCUCGUCCAUCUUUACACGGCGCAGCUCGCUGACUCUCCAGUCGUCUCGUGUCUCUCUCUAUCUACACUAUCUGUCUCCCUGGGACCAGACCUGGGCAGCAAUACAUAUUUAAGUGGCUUUAUAUUUAAACAUGAACUGUGCUUGAAGUAUUAUCAAACACGUGGUUGGAACAGUUUCUACAGAGGAGUAUUUACUUGUAAGAUAAGUUGAAUUGAUUUUGUUUUUAAAUGGCUCAUACUGUUAUUUGCCAGAGUCUGCCUGGAAGCGUCUCCCUCUGCAACACUACUACUCGUGGCUGAUGUCAGUGGAAAAAAGGUGUAAUUAAGAAUACGAUAAAAGAGCAGUGAUAUUUAUAGAAUAUUGUAAAUCAGCAAGAUACUCUAUGCUUAUUUGUGACUUGUAUACCUUCAGUAAUGUGUUUAUAACACUGCACACAGUAUAGUAGACAGGGUUUCAUGUUCAGAAUAUCAGGGAACAUUUCUCUCAAGUUGUUUUGCACUUUGUUUGGUUCAAUCCAGGUCAUAGUUGUCUUAAAGUAUUUGACUGUUAAACAGGUGAAAUCAAAGUGGGAUCAGAGAGAUCUCACCUGGAUACAACUCAUAUCCAGGUGAACACAUAAAGAGCAAAUGUUCCUGGUAUUUUGUCCACUCUGUAAAUUGACUGUUUGUAAACUUAGCAUAAAACCCGAGUCUAUCUUUAAAUGUCUACGCAGUUACAGUUUACAUUUGUCUUUUCCACCAAUAGUUCGUCACUAAACUAUGCCAAAGUAUUCAUGUUUCAAUUCACCACAUGGCAAGGCUGUUAAAACUUAGAGGGCUCAAUUUUGUGUGAAACACACAAGUAUUGUAUUGUAGAAGAAUGCACUGUAUGUUAAAACACAUUAUCUCAAGUGAACUAUUUUAUAAAUUAAUCUGAAAUAUCGA